AUGGAUUCUGUAAAGAUGAGAAACUAUGCUUUUAAGAUUUUCCACGAAAUGAAAAGGGUAAAUGUGGAUCCUAAUACUGUAACUUACAACACAUUAAUAACUGCAUGUUCUCAAUCAGGACUUUGUAACGAAGGAAAAACCAAAAAAGCUGCUUAUUUGGUUAAAGAACUUGAUAAAAAGAAAUUAGUACCAAAUUCUUCGACUUUUUCUGCCUUAAUUAAAGCCCAAUGUGUUCGAAAGAACCCAGAUCGUGGUUUUCAACUUUAUAAAAGCAUGGUGAAGAGUAAUUGCCGUCCAAAUGAAGAUACCGUGAAGAUGUUGAUUUUAUCAUACUUGCAAACCGAUGAUUAUGAUGGUGUGUUUAGUGUUUUUAGAGAGAUGUUAGAGAGACAAAUUGGGCCUGAUACGAUUGUUUUAAGUGGAUUGUGUAAAGGGUUUUCAAAAGUUUGGAAAGAUAGAUUGGUUAUGGAUCUGUUAAGAGAGAUUGAUGAUGAUGUUUUUAGUCAUGAACGUUAUGAGAAGGUUAAAAACGUUAUUUGUGACUCUAACAAUGAAUGA